UAUUGGUAACACUGGAUUUUAUUGAUAAAGAUAACCAAACUUCAUACAGCGGUUUUUGCACUUGGCUAAGAUUAUCGCUGAUUAAUUUUCUAGAACAUAUAAGAGACAGUACACAGAAGUGUUUAAAUAAAUAAAAAUGGGAGUCGAUCUUAUCGGAUUUGCUUAUGCGGCAACUGUUGCUGCAGGCGGCAUGAUGGGAUAUGCCAAAGCAGGAUCCAUACCAUCAUUGGGUGCUGGAAUCAUCUUUGGAUCUAUUUUGGGCGUUGGCGCGUACCAGUUGAGUCAAGAUCCGUCAAACUAUCACCUUAUGCUGGGCACCACGUCUACUUUGGGAAGUCUUAUGGGAUAUAGAUAUUACAACAGCAGGAAGUUCAUGCCGGCGGGUCUCAUUUUCUGUUUGUCGGUCGGAAUGAUUGCGAAGCUAUUUGUCAAGAACGUCGGCGCCAGCCCUCUGCCAGUCAAGAGUGGAUAAUUUAUGGUAGAAUUAAUUUAUUGAUUGUGGUGUUUUGAAUUUAGGGACAAUUUAUUGAUUAUUGUGGGAAUUUGAAGUGUUUUAAAGUGCACCAAAUCUGGUAUUGUGGUUCAAAUAAUUGACAUCAGGAUCAAUCUGUAUCUGAAAAUAUGGAUACUCUUUAAGCCUUUCACGCUUUAGCGAUGGCUAAUUUGUUAGCGGAAAUAUAAUUACAGUAUGAAAUGUAUUAAAGUUUGUUAAGUUUAAGGUGUUUAGUUUUAAAACAUAUGGAAAAUUCGACACUAGUACCCGUAUUCACAAUAAAUACUAUGAGGAAACAGUGCGCCCAAACACAUAGUGACGGCAAUUGGCAAACUGAAGUAAAGUUGUAUCUAAAUAUUAACCAAUUACAGCGCCCCUACUACGCACUGCAAAGGGUGGAAUCGAGUAAGCUUUGAGAAAUAUACUUAUACCAUAGCAUUGCUCCGUACUUACGUAGGUACCAUUUGUGAAUAAGGGUCAUAUGUAUUUUAUUGUCAGAAACACACUUGUUACCAUUGCAUUGCUCUGUACUUAGCAAAGUAACGUUUGUGAAUAAGGGCCGUAUGUAUUUUAUUGUUAGAAACAUUUUAUUACCAUUACAUUGCUCCGUACUUAGCAAAGUAACGUUUGUGAAUAUGGGCCAUAUGUAUCAUUGUGCCCAUGGAUAAAGGUUCAAACACCAUAAUUCACACUAUAAAUUCUACAAAUUGACACUAUAAAUUCCUACAAUAAUCCUGUAGUGAAUUUGACAAUUUAUUUAUGUAUAUUUUGUAGAAGUACCUGCGCGAUAUCUAUUUUGUUGUGUUCCUUUGCAUUUACUUUUGUGAAUGAUAUUUUAUAUGAAGGCGAUGUGAAAUAAAUGUUUUUAUGUAUAUCACAAAAAGGUGUUGGGAUAUUUUUUUUUAAAUAAAAAAUAAAACUAUA